CUCGUCUUUACACGACCACCCUAUUGUCUGUCUUCGAUAUCCUCAAAUCAAAAUCAAAUCCCUAAUUUUACAAAAGAAUCUCUGAGAUUUGAUUCUCUAAUAAAUAAUGGUGAAGAGGAGAAAGUCUGAUGCGAGUCGACGACUCGAUGAGGUGGAUCGAUCAAUGUACGGCGCGUUUCGAGGUGCUGCUAAUUCGCUGUCCCAGCUCUAUACUCACGCUAUGAACCAUCAACGCGUCUCUUUCCUCGCUGGUGAACGUCGCGGCCUGGAGAAGCUUCACCAAUGGAUUGUGAGACAAGAAGAAGAAGGAACAAGAGUGACCACAGAUGAUAUUACUACCUAUUUGCAGAAUGAGCUUGAAUAUGAACCUGAGGAGACUUCGAUACAAGCCCCCAUUCAAGAGUUUCAUCAUCAUAACCACUAUUUCGCUCCACCAAACGUACACACUUCUUCAGCACCUCAUGUUCCGCAACACUAUGAUUUUAACCAAGACAAACUCUCCACUCCACCAUUUGGUCUCUCCAGUCCGGUUCGAAGAACCCUUCAGGAUUUCAACUUGUGUGAUACUGCUGAGCCUGAUAACCACCUUCCAAACUCUUCAAACCAAGGGUUAUUUAACUGAUCAUUAUCUUUUGUUUCAUUUUGGCAACAAUUAAAACCAAAAUUCCAAUUGUAAAGUUUCAAAAAUCUCCAAGACAAAAAAAAAUUACUCUCUUAAAUUGAGUUUAAAAAUUGACCCCCUUGGAUAGAUAAAAUCUCUGAUAACGAUUUUGUCUAGAGACGGCGA